AUGUACUACUGCGCCGGCUGCACCGACCCCUCCUGCUCCUCAAUCUCAUCGCUGGACUCGUUUCCAUCCCACGACUUGAGCAGCGAUGAGAUGGCUGAAACAAGGCUGAAGAACUCAGCAGGCUUGGCCGCCGGGGCCGGCGCCGCUCCAGCUUCUUGGAAUCAUUUCCAGGCCGGACGCAUGGGCGCCGCUGCUAAUAGUAAUCCCUCCUCCAGCUCCUCCUCCUCCUCCUCCUCCUUAUCGUCCUGGGACUCGUUUCCCUCCGACAUGAGCAGCGGCGAGACGGUUGGCGCGGAAACGAGUCCUUGGCCCAAGAAGCGAGCAGCGUCAGCUGCGCCGUCGUACAUCGGCGUGCGCGCGCGGCCGUGGGGUCGGUUCGCGGCGGAGAUCCGGGACUCGACGCGGGGCGGCGCGCGGGUCUGGCUGGGCACCUUCGGCACCGCCGAGGCCGCCGCCAUGGCCUACGACCAGGCGGCGCUCUCCUCGCGAGGCACGGCCACCGCACUCAACUUCCCUAUGGAGCGCGUCCAGGAGUCGCUCCAUGCCCUGGGGGCCACGUCCACUGGCAUGGACGGAUCGCCCGUUCUGGCGCUCAAACGGCGCCACUCCAAGAGAAGAAGGCGCAGCAAGGUCGAGAUAGCGAACGACGCGGCGACGGCGAGGAUGAGGAAGAACAAGACGAUGGCCAUGCAGGAGGGUCCCGUCGUGGAGCUGGAGGACCUCGGCGCCGACUACCUGGACGAGCUUCUUAGGAUUACGUGGGGUACAGCUUACCAAUAACACUAUCAACAGUAAUACACGUACGGUUGUUCUAGCUAAGCUUGGGAAGCGUGCUUGUGUGAAUAUUUCUUGUUUUUUUAGUUCCCAUGAUCUUUGUCCAUUUCUGAGAUGAUUUAAUGAGAAGAUUUGCCUUGGUACACCCUUAAUCAGCUCCUUCUCCUUCAUAUUUUUUUCUCAAAAAAGAGCAAUGUUGUAUUAACUCGUAAUGCCGCAUUGAAGUAAUACAAAUACCUUAAGCACACACCCUGCAUGAGUAGUAUUCAUGCAUAAACGUAAACCCACACAAAAAAGGAAGAAGACAAAAAACAUGACAUUCAGAAGUCCCGUCAAAGUGAAUUGCAACAUGUAACAACAACCAUUGACAUGAACCACUACUAAGGACAACACCCAGAUGGCAAGAAAUGUGCACAA